AUGUCUGAUAAAUUUCGUAAACAGGUCGCUCUGAGGCAGAGUUGUGUAAAGGAGAUGGAAAUAAUUAACAAUUUAGCUAUAUCAGUUAAAAAGGAUCACAAGCUACAAACGAAAUUCAAAGUUCGUUAUACUUCUCUUGAUUUUCUGAAUGAAGAAUUUCAAAAAUAUCAUAGUGGCAUCCUAUCUUUGUUAUCAGCUGAUAAAGACUCAGAUUUGAACGCAGAAGAUGAUCUCAAGCGUAAGUUUCUUGAAAUGUUUUAUGAUGUCAAAUCGAUUUAUGCCGAAUUAUUUGAAAACGAUGCAAUGUCUCCUUUGAAUGCGACUGUUGCCGCAGAUAAAACCAUUUCUGAAAUUGCGCACGUGAGAUUACCUCAAAUUGAUUUGAAACGGUUUUCAGGCGAUAUUAGAGAAUUUCCUGCAUACAAAGAUAUGUUCGAUGCCUUAGUUCAUUCAAAUUCAAAUCUCAAACCAGUUGAGAAAUUUAAUUAUUUGAUCUCUUCGCUAAAUGGUACGCCAUUAGAUCUCAUCAAACACCUCAGAGCAACUAAUGAAAACUACCAGUCAGCUUAUGAUACCUUGAUAAAACGUUUCACAAAUCCUCGAGCCCAAGCUCGAGCUUAUUGGCUCCCUAUUGAAAACUUCGCUCCUUUAAAAACUGAAAAUCCUUUUUUACUCCGCAAACUAUUGGACACUUUCUCUAUAAAUUUAUAA